AUGUUCUUUUUAUAUUAUACACAUAUCAGUGACAUUGACAGAUGUCCAUUCUCGUCAUGUACAGUGUGUUGUAUGGACAAGGAUUGAAAAUAACUAUAAAAUGCAGUCUGUUGUCAAGGCUGUAUGGCACAAUGGAUUACAAAGACAAAGAAGUGGUUUGGAUUAAGCUUUCAAGGUUCCCAUGGUGGCCAGCACAGGUGGUUAUAGAUGACAAUCCAGACAGCACAGACCAAGACAAGAUGCCGAAUGUUUUAUUUGUCAAAUUUUUUAAUGAAGAGUAUAUAGAAGAAGUUAAAAAUCCAUCCAAAAUGAAAAGAUUUGAAUGCAUUGAAAAAGAUAGCUUCAUUUCAAAAGGUCUUUUAAUCACUGAUGAAGAAAGGAAGAAAUUAUUUACAGAAGCGUUGAAAAUGGCUAACAAUGCAGUCAAUGGAAAUACUAACAUGUCUGUCAUGUCACCAUCAAAACAUCAACCUAGUGAAAGCAAUAGUGAACUGACUAAUACAAAUUUAUCAACAAGUCUUCCAGUAGUUCCCAGCGAAAAUUUAAAUCACAAUAAAAUAAGUUCAGAGAAUUCAUCCAUUCCAAAUCAGUCCUGCUAUCAAGCCUUUAAAACAACCAAACUACAGCAGAGAAUUAACUGGGACAAACCUAUUCCAGAUUGUGAGGAAAACCAAAAUGUGAGAGUUACUAACAAUGAAAAUCUGCAUUGUAGUGAAAAUUGUAAUGACGUUGUAAGUAAAAGUGUUAAUGUAAAUGGUGCUAAAACAAAGACUAAUGUUAUAAAAGUGAAGAAAAAUUUCUCCUGUAAAAAGCGUAAAUUAACAUUUGACGAAAAUGUAAAUGAACAAUCAAAGCAGCAUAAAAAGGUGAUGCAGAAGACAGUACUUAAAUCAGAGCUUCCACCAGAUUUGUCCAGAACUUCUACACCAAAGCUCAGUAUUAAAAAGAAUUUUACUGGAACUAGUCAAUCAAAAAAUAAUAUCAUCAAAACAUUUACUAAACUGUCCCAGAAGAAGAAUAAUGAAAAUGUGAAACCAAAAAGAGGACGUCCAAAAUCUAAGUCACUUCCAAAAUCAGAUGCCAUAACAAAAAGUGAAAAUGCACAGACGCCUAAAUGUUUAAAAUGGGAGGAUUCAUUUGAAUUGCCUACACCAAGCCUUAGUCAGAGUGCUACUUGUACGUCAUUCUUAGCAACAUCUAGAUUUGAUCCAAACUUAGAUAAAGAGGAAUGUGACUCAAGUUCAGACUCUGAUACAGAUCUUCCUGAAGGACUAUCACCUAUAACUGGUGCUGAAUAUCCUAUAGCUGAGAAGGACAUUGUGUGGUUGAUAUGGCUGAAAUUUCCAGCAUGGCCAGCCUUUGUCAGACGUGUCUACAGAAAAAAGCGGAGAAUCCAUAAGCUGUCACUUACUUUCAUUGAAGGAUGUACUAAAAUGCCAAAUAGACUGAGAGUAACAUACAGAUGUAAGACUGUUGUUCCAUUCAUUGAUAAACAGAAACAAAAGUUUAUUGACCAGGGAGAGAGUAGUAUCCAUGAUCCUGAGAUGAGGAGGAAGUUCAGGGAAGCAUGUGAGAAGGCAGAGAGCUUCCUCCACCAGAGGGCUCUGUUUUCUCUAAACAAAGAGGAAUUCUCUUUUUUCUCCAGAGAAAGUGAUGAGGAGGAAGAGAUAGACAGUGAUACUAAUAUGCAAAUAAACAGUGGACCAAACUCAUCUGAUACUGAAAACCGACUCAGUGACUCUGAAGAUGUACUAUCUAGUAGUCCUUCACCAAAUUAUAACUCCUUGGAACCAUCAGCAAAGGAGAUAGCAAGAAUAAGAAAAAUGACAGAGAAACAGUCAAAACUGGUGGAAUUUGUCAAGUCAGAAGAAAUGAAGAAUUAUCUAUUGGAUAUUUUUCAUGAAAGAAGAAAGAGUGAAUUACAUCAAAAGUUUAUUCAUGGCACAGUGAAGGAGAAAAAUAGUUUGCGGUAUGCAGGGUUUGGUCCAAUUUACAAUGAAGAACAGGAAGAAGAAAUUGUAGAAAUAUUGAAAGAUUGGCUUUAUGAAUUACCAAAGAAAGAUAUCCCAGAUAUUUCUUAUGUUCUAGAUGUUUGGAUACCUGAGGCAAUUGUAUAUGCACUAAUUAAAACGAAAUCCUAUGGCAGAACGAAAGCUAAAGAACAAUUUUAUAAAGGUGUUUAUAUGACAAAGAGUGAGAGAGAGAGACAACAUCAAUCGUUGAUGGAGUUUCGUGGUUAUACGGCUGAAGAAAAAGAAGAAGCUUUACAAAAGUCACAGCAAAGGAUGGAAACCUUUAAAUAUAAAUAUGGUUUAACAUAGAAACAUUGAAACUAAGCUGUCUUUCCUAUGUGAAAAUUUAUCAAAUUAUUAUUGUGCAUGGUUUACAGUAUAGCUGACUCCAAACAAUAAAUCACAUCAUCACUGAUAAAUACAGAGAUGUUCAGAGUGGGGAGGGAUAAAAAAAAUUAAGAAUAACAUACAACACAGUCAUCUGUCCACAUUAUUUGGUGUAUAUUGGUAUGAAUUGAUAGAGGAUUUUGCAUAUUAUGAGAAAGUCUAGAAAUUUAAUCAAGAAAAAAGCUGUAACUUUAGACCAGGAGAUAAUUUUUUUUAAAUUUGAUUGAAGACUUUUGGGAUUUUAAUUGUGUAGUCUAUUAAAAAAACUCAAUGUAUUUCCAUUUUUUAUAUCCUAUUCCAGUAUCAAAACCCAAAGGAGACGCUUUACUACUUUGCAUUUGGAAACAGUGUCAAGGUAAUAAAAAAUGCUUUGGCACAAAGUUACACUUUCAUAAUCAUAUUAAAUGAUGACAAUCAUUACUGAAUUAUUUCUUGUAAAACUCAUGUUUUUUUUGUUUUUUUUAUCUUUACACAAAAUUUUUCAACUAAAACAACAAUCUUUGUUUAUAUUUGAAUUGAAAUACAGUUGAUCUCUUGUUCUAAGCAGGGGUUGACUGGAAAUUCAAUUAGCUUUGAGAUAAGUUAUAAAGUUAUGUUCCAGACCAUAUGAGUAUUUGGACCCUAUGCGUUCUAAUAUUCUAAACAAUUGUCCUCCCACAUUAUGUUAAUCUUCCGAUAUCGUCAAUUUUAAUGAUCAUGAUUCAAUUAAUGUAUUACUGAUCGACAUGCUAAAAACAAGAUAUUAACAGAUUUAAUUAGCAUGAAUUUUUGAAAUAGUUUAAAAAUAAAGUUUUUAUUUUAAUUACAAUUGAACUUUUCCAUAUUAAUUUGAGAGUUAAGUUAUGUUGAUCUGUUACCUGCAUUUGUAACUUAUAAACUUAAGCAACUUCUUAAUGAUAUUAAUCAGACUGUACGCGUGCGGUCCAACUGUAUGAGUAUUUUGAAAACUUUUUGUCCAUCCCUCUGUGGGAUUCGAACUCACACCUUUGAUACACUACAGCACCAAUCGCUUAGCGUCAUGUCCAGCGCUCUAGACCACUUGACCACAUCUGCUAUAUAAAAAAUAUAACUUCAAUAGUCGUAGUGUUACCUUGUCACGGAAGGGAGAAUCUAGAGAUAGACAUAAGACAUGUGUUUAAGCGUAUGAAGAUGUUAUAUUGUUAUUUUAUACACAAUGUAUUUUUUAUUUUUUUUCAAUAUAUAUUUAUUAGUGUUGUCAAAUCGUACACUUUUGCCUAACCGGUUACUUGGAUAAUUGUUUGACUGAUUAACUGGUUAACCAGUAGUUUAUGUUGAUGUUUGAAGGCCUUAUCUAUAGUACUCUACACAGAUAUAUAGAAGAUGUGGUAUGAGUGUUAUAUAUAUAAUGUUACGGUCAUCCAAGUCAUACAUUUAAGUUUUUAUAAUACGCUGAAUUGAAGUUCAGUCUCCUUUGGUAUUAUAAGGCUUGUUUGUGAAGAUUCCUGGAGAAGUUUGACUUUAAAUAAUCAAAUUCACCGUAUCAACUAUGGGGUUUGUACUUAAUUCAGAUUGAAAAAUUUAAAAACCGUCUUGAUCUCGUAGAAUUUUAAUAUGUCUGAAACUGAUGAUUCUUUCAUUUUCUUUUGUUGUCUCUGAAAAUAAUGAGGAGUGUUUCAAUUUGAAAUGAUUAAGCCAAAACUUGUUUCUCAUAUAGUUUUGCAAUUCACCAUUUUUGAGUUAGCAUUUUGUUUAAAGUAUGACAAAGCCUUGCACAACGGAGAUUGCACAUUCAGUUUUAGGUCUACACAAUAUAAGAACAAAAAUGAAAUAAUAAAGUAAAUUGUAAAACUUUAUCGUAUUACUGAUUUUAAGUUACUGUUAACAAAACAUAUAUACUAAUUAUGUUUCCUUAAGAUCUUGCCCCGACCUGAGAGACAAGUUAUAAGGUUUUUUUUGGGUUUUUUUUAUUAACAAUAGCAAUCAAUUUACUGGAUAAUUGAUCUAUCAAGUUAAUUACCAGGUCGGCAAUUUUUAAAGACAACAUAACUAUUUAAUGAUUUCAUUACAAAAUAUCAAAUCUAUCAAAAUUGAAAAAAAAGUCUGGUUAAUCGGUAAGCGUUUUCUGGUAUUUGGUAUUUGGUCGUUCAAACGGUUAACCAGUUAACCGGUUGACUGUUGACAACACUAAUAUAUACCCAGGUUAGUGUCUUCCUUCAGUGAUUUUCUUUACCAAAUCAAUAACUUUAUAAACAUAGUCUGAGAGGUUCAAUAAUGUAAAUAUUCAUACCCAGGUCCUCAUCUCCCUUCAAAUAUCUCCUAUAUUUCUGAUUUUGUAUGAUUCUGAAAUCCAUGAAUUUAGUUGUAAACAUUGUCUACUUUAUUGCUUAGGGUUUUUUUUUCUAGAAAGAAGGCUAUGGGAAUAAGCUUAAUCCAAUUAAUUAAUUAUUUUUUUUAUUAAAUCAACAUGUUUACAGCUUAAAAUAAUACAAACAAUUUUUGAUGUCAAAAUCAAAGAGGUAUUAUAAUCAUUUAAAUGCAACUUUUCAGUUUUAUUGGUUUGAAAGUUGUAAUUAUGGAAGUUAAGUACUAACUACAAUUUUCUGCUACACUGGGUUUAAAAGAACAUUAUUUUCACAUGACUCUUUUCAUACGACUGCAAAAAUAUUUUGGGAUUGUAUAAUGGUAUGAUGUUGUCGUUGUCUGCGUCGUCUGAAGACAUAUUUGGUUUCAGGACAAUAACUAGUUUAUGUGAAUGGAUCUCUUUGAAAUUUAUUAAGAAGGUUCAAUACCACAAAAGGAAGGUUGGGAUUGAUUUUGAUAAUGGUGGUCAAAACUGUUUAGAAAUUAGGGGCCCAAAAAGGGCCCAAAACAAGCAUUUUUUCUACUUUCAGGAUAAUACCUUGUGAAUAAGUAUUUCAAUUGAUCUAUAAUAGUACCACAAUGUUUAGUACUACACAUUGAAGGUUUGGAUUAAUUUGGGGGGUUAUGGUGCCAAAAGUUUAGAAAUUAAGGACCAAAAAGGGACCAAAAACAAGCAUUUUUGUAGUUUCUGGACAAUAACUUGUGUUUAAUUUUAUGGAUCUCUCUGAAAUUAAAAUUAUAUUGAAAUGGUUCCAUACUACAAUGGAAAGGAUGGGAUCGAUUUUGGGGUUAAUUGCUCCAAGGGGGAUUCAAAAAGUUUGGUGGGGUUCCAUAUUUUUUCUUUCAAAUUUCAAAUUUUUGAAAAGUUUCAAGAAAAAGUUUUUAAUUGCACAGUAUUGCACAAUAGUUUGUUAGGUCUUGACAUUUGAAUGGUGUCAGAAACCUAUUUUAUGUCAAAAAUUUUAUCAAAAUAUUAAUUCAGACAUUAUCAAGCUUGAAUAUUGUGUCCAAUCUUGCCCCAACUGUUCAGGGUUCAACCUCUGCCGCGUAACUGGCUGCGCUCUGUGAAGCAUUUUAUUGUCUGUUUGAUUUAUGAGAUUCAUGUAAUUUCUUUGAUUAUUGUUCAUUCUAAAGUUGUUAAUUACAGAAUAACUAAUCGAAAUAUUCAAAUAGAGAAAAAUAUUCAACGAGUGACCAAACAUAACAUUAAUUCAGGAAUCCACAUAGCGCACAAGUUAAUUAUCAGUGUUGUUCAGUCACGAGUUGAAUAUUUUUUUGAUAUGUGAAUUCUUUAAUUAGUUAUUCUUUUUAUUACAUUGGAAAAUGGCUUUUUUUUUAAAGAAAUUAAUGUAAAACAUGUAAGGAACUAUAUAUUUUUUCUAUGCAUUCACAAUUUGUUUUGAUCCGCCGUUAUUGACAUCUUGACAACGCCUAUUGUUGUAUGAUGUCAGAGAGUGAAAUAACCAUGUUUAUUUCACAUGUGAAAUUAUCGUUUUUUUUUAUUUAACUGGGAAAUCAAUGUUAUUCAUUGCAACCAAUGUAAUAAAUAUCUUUCGUUAAUCAUUGUGUUCAUUUGUCUUUGAAAAAACUAGUCACUGAAUCUACUCCAAUUUUGUGGGAUUUCUUUAUGCUAUUUGAUUGGACAAUCCAUAUAAAAUGUGCCAUAUUUUCCAAACCUGUUGUUUGAAAAAAAGCUUGUUGACCUAUCAUUUUUAUGCCCCAGCUAUGAUAGUAGAGGGACAUUAUGUUAUCUGGUCUGUUUGUUUGUCGGUCUGUUUGUAUGUCCAUCUGUCCCGCUUUAGGUUAAAGUUUUUGGUCAAGGUAAUUUUUGAUUAAGCUGAAGUCCAAACAACUUGAAACUUGGUGCACAUUUCCUUAUAAUAUAGGAUUUCUGCCUGGAAGAGGAAACAUGUUCUGUUAUCACUGAUAUAGAUUUUUAAUGCCAACCUUAGAUAGUAGAGGGGCAUUUUGUUUUCUGGUCUGUGGGUCCCUUCGUCUGUCUGUCUGUUCGUCCGUUCGUUUAUCUGUCUGUCCCGUUUCAGGUUCUUCUGUUAUGAUAGCAUUUUUUCAUAAUUUUUUCUUCAUCUAACCAAAAAAAGACUCAUGCACCUAUGUUUUAAUUCGCUGUUUCAGAAUCUAAUGCAGUCUGGGUAUUAUUUUGAAAAGCGUUCACCAAAACAUUGUUGUUGGUUUAAAACGGUAUAAACAAUGGAAAUCCAUUCAAUGACACAACUAUUUAGAUUCUGAAAAGGUGAAUUCCUGGGUCUGUUUAUAUAUAUAAUUACUAAAUACAGUGUACUAAAUAUCAACAUCAGUUUAUUAAUGUAUUGUCUGCCAUGUUUUAUAUAUGUUUGUUUAUGUCCUCUUGUGCACUCUGGUGUCAGGAUGAAUAAAAAUAUCUUCCUUCCUUGAAGAAUACCUUUAGGUCAGAAAAUUACAAUCAUAGGUUGUUGACCACCUUCAAUGAAAAUAGAAUGGCUUGUUGAAAAAUUUGUUUGUGGUUUUAUAAAUCAUGUUUGAUAAGUGAAGUUUAAGGUUUUAUGUUUAACACUACAGGGAGAUAACUCGGUAAAAUUCAGCUAAAUGUUUUAAUCACAUUGUAUUGUUAAGGAAAUAUUAAGCUUCUCAAUGAUCAAAAAUAGUGUUUGUUAAACUGCUAUAUAACCAAUGAUUUUUUUCUUAUAAAGACGUAGGUUCAAAUUUUUUAUAUUUUUGUCAAGGGUUCCAAUUUAACAUUUUGUCAAUUUUUUAUGAAAAUUAAACAAGCCAAAUUAAUAUUAGUCGAAGUGUUGGGUACCAUCUAAAUACAGAUAAUAUAGAAAAAAAAUCUUUUAUUGCCAUAGAAUUUAUAUACAUAUGUUCUUUACUUUCUUUAUUUUACAAUUUAUUAAUUGUUUUAUUUGAAUUGUGAAUAUGUAAGCAUAUGUUGAUAUAUGCAAAUUGUAAUAUAGAACUGAGGACAUAAUAUGGAUUUUUAAAAUAUUUUUUAGAAAUUAAUUUUUGGUUUAUUGUUGUCUAAAACACACAUCUGUUUAUUAAAUGUAACUAAUAAUAAAUCUUUGUUCUGUUUAAAUAAUAAACAGUAUGUGGAAUUAA